AUGCAGGAGACGACGCUGUCCAUGGCAAACUAUCUGUCUACGACCACGCGGACGACCACCAUGGUUACGCUUGAGAUCCUGACGCCACUGCCUUUGACUGGCAGCUGGAAUGGCGGGCAGACAUUCCGGCUCGCGGCGCGCCUGGCAGAGGACAUCAUCAACCAGGACCAGAUAAUUCUCCCUGGCUAUCAGAUCAAGCACGCCUUCUAUGACGACAAGUGCAGCCCUAGCACC